AUGCCUCCACGCACCAAGCGAGCCCCAGCAUGGAGCAAUGGCGAGUUGCUGGACCGCAUCAGCGUUUGGGAGGAGGAAGCUGUCCAGUCCCAGAUGCGCUCCAGCCGUAGGAAUUACGAUACCUUCGGGAAGGUAUCAAAGGACAUGAUGGAAAGUGGCCAUGACCGGGACGCCCUGCAGUGCAGGAUUAAAGUGAAGGAGCUGCGGAGUGCCUAUCGCAAAGCCCGUGAUGCAAACGGCCGCUUGGGUGAUCCCCCCGUGACCUGCCGAUUCUACAAAGAUCUGGAUGAGAUACUUGGGGUUAACCCCACCUCCACUCCGAGCACCACCAUGGACACUUCAGAGCCGGUGGGGGGGGGGAGGAGGAGGAGGAAAACGAGAGUGAUGGUGGUGGGCCAGAUGGAGACAGCCCGGAAUCCCUGGAGCCAUGCAGCCAGGAGCUCUUCUCGAGCCAGGAGGAAGGUAGCCAGUCGCAGCGGCCGGUACUUGGUGGAGGACAAACAGAAGAGCAGGUUCCCGCAGCAUCAACCUUGAGACCUCAGCCAUCCCUCUUGUCGCCUGCUCAGAGACUGCAAAGACUCAGGAAGAGACCGCAAAAAAGCAAAGA